UGGGUUGGGGAUUGAGGGUGGAUGGUGUCGUAUGUUGUGUUAUGUUGUUUUGGAUUGCGCUGUGGUGUCUUGGAUUUGGUCUCUUGUAUUGAUCAUUAGCUUAUCUGCCGCGAUGGAGCUAUAUUUCGAAUGUCAAACUGAAAUUUCGAAAGUAGCGAGAGAGAGAAAAAAGGGGGUAUCAAACUAUCAUACAGCACAACAACAUUUCCGCCCAUUCCAUACCGCGUUCUCCUGCCUUGUGUCCAGUGUUGACGUGAGGUCUGUGGUAGCCAUGGUGGGAUUGACCCAUCUUCGCGUCGCGGUGUAUAGUGUGACAUAUCCCACCUUGAGCAGGCGGAAGCGUGAGAGACAGCGCAAGCCACGCAUGCCACCGGUGGGAUGUUCAUACGCAGCGGUAUCCUGCGCUGGCUGUGCAUGCCUCAAUCAACUCCGACCACACACACCAUCACACGACUAGAGAGACAUACACCACCAAGUCCCUAGUCCACGCAUCCCAAGCCAUACGGCCUCACAUACACACACCCUCUUUCUCCCCCUUCUAGUCCAACCACGCCCACGUCACCUUCACCCUCCCAUCAUCCCUCCUCGCCAACAUAUCAAACACACCAGUCGUCGUAUCAAUAUCCGUCGGCGCACACCCAACACAGCGAUCCACAACCGUCAAAU